AUGUCUGAUCCCAGCUCGAUAAACGGUGGUAUUGUGGUGGCAAUGGCCGGCAAAGAUUGUGUAGCCAUUGCAUCUGAUCUAAGGCUGGGGAGCCAAUCGCUAGGUGUGUCGAACAAAUUUGAGAAGAUAUUCCAUUACGGCCAUGUCUUUUUAGGUAUAACAGGUUUAGCUACAGAUGUUACAACGUUAAGCGAAACGUUUCGGUACAAGACAAAUCUCUAUAAGCUAAGAGAGAAUAGACCGAUUGAACCUGAGACGUUCACACAGCUUGUAUCGAGCACACUUUAUGAGAGAAGAUUUGGACCGUAUUUCGUAGGCCCAGUGGUUGCAGGUAUCAACAGCAAGACAGAAAAGCCAUUCAUCGCCGGGUUCGACCUCAUCGGCUGUAUCGACGAGGCCAAGGAUUUCAUUGUGAGUGGUACAGCAUCGGACCAGUUGUUUGGUAUGUGCGAGUCCCUUUAUGAGCCUAAUCUUGAGGCUGAAGACUUGUUCGAGACAAUAAGCCAGGCACUACUGAAUGCUGCAGACCGUGACGCGCUAUCCGGUUGGGGUGCUGUGGUAUACAUAAUAAAGAAGGAUAAAGUGGUCAAGAGAUAUCUAAAAACAAGACAAGAUUGA